AUGGCUUUCAGAUCUUUGUGCAGAUUAGGAAGAAUAUUAGCCUCAAAAUCCACCUCAAGAGUUUCUUAUCAUUUCCGAAUUCAAUCUCAUUUAGCAUUUCAAAAUAGGCUUAUUUCUUUUAAUCCUAUAAGAUAUUUUCAUACUGAUUUUGGUUCUAUCGUAGAAGAACUUCAACUUAAAACUUCUAAGAUGGAAGGAAAAUGAGGCGAAAAUAGUCCAUACUUAGUUAUUCCUUACAGCGAGCUGGGGACUGCAUAUCGAGAAUGAGGCGAUUUAUCUACAUCAGUUAGUUUUUUUGAAAAAGCAAUUAAAAUUAUUGAAAAUUAUCGAGAAACUGAUCUUAUCUACCUAAGAAAUAGCUAUAUAAAUUUAGCCCAUACUUACGGAAAUCUAGAAAAUAUAGAGAAUAUAGAGAAUGCUAUUGAAUAUUUCCAAAAAUCACUAAACAUAUCAAAAGAAAGAUUCGGAAAUAACAGCAAAGAAGUCUCUGUUACACUUUAUAACAUAGCAAAACUAUACAUGCAUGAAAAAAAUAUUGAUAAGGCAUAUGAGCAUUUGCAAUUGGCUUUACCCUUUAUGGAAACAAAAGCUGAAAGCUGUGAUGAGGAUGUCGGAUGCUAUUUCAUUCUUCAUGGGCAUGUGUCUGGGUUGAAAUUCAAAAAAAAUAGAUCUAUUAAUAGCUUCAAAACUGCAAGAAAAAUUUUUGAACGUAUUUCAUGACAGAUUUCGAAUAAAAUUGAAGAAAUGGACAACCAUUUAGAAUUGACUUAUUCUUAUUUUGGACGAUUUCAAGAGAAUAAACCAAAUUUGGAGUUUAUUGAGAACAUAAGAAAAACCCUAGGAAAGCCUGAUGAAAGUCUGAAAGACCCUUAUAAGAAUUAUGGAUUUCUCUAUCAAAAAAUGAAAAAAAUGAAAAAAUUUGACGAAAACAUAAAAGAAGAAGAAAAAAUUGUAAAUGAACUUGGAUGGGAUAAUAGCAUUUAUAUGGCUUUUAUAUAUAACCUUUCAGGAAAUGACCUUAAGUCAAUUGGAGAUACAGAGUCAUGCAAAUAUUGGUUUGAAAAAUCUUUAAAAAUAUUACAAGCUCAUCAAAAUUCAAAAACAGAAAAAAUGGUAAUCUGCUAUAGAAAUUUAUCAAAGGAUGCCUCUGAUAGAAAAGAUUACGAAAGAGCUAUAGAAUACUGUCAAAAAGUCAUAGACUUGCAAUGAGCUUUAGAAUUUGACUACAAUGAAAUAGCUUCUUCAUUAGUGACGCUUGGAUCCUAUUGUCAUGCUAAAGGCGAGCUCAUAGCAGCUGAAUCUCAUAUGACGGAGGCUAAACAAAUUUUAGAAGAAAAAUUGAUUGAAGACGAGUCUCUUUUAGAAUUUUAUUAUUCAACAUUAGGACUAUUAUAUAGAGACCAAGGAAAAUAUUCAGAAUCAUUUGCGGUUUAUGAAAAGGUCCUUAAGUUCAAAGCAAAAAACCUUGGAGAAUCUCAUUUUACUAUUGCGGAUAUCCAUUCAAAAAUUGGACUUAUUUAUGAAAAAUGGGGUAAAUUAUCAGAAGCUGUUAUAUACGCUAAUAUGGCGGAGAUGACCAACCCGGCCUCUCAACGCAAUUUUCUCAACACCUGCAAGGAGCACCUAAGUGGGGAAACAAGGCUGAGAAACAGAUUUGGUAUACUUGGUGGUUUUUCUUGUGCCUUAGGGAGCUACUCCCUGGGGCAUGGAUUUUUACCUCCAGAGGCUCUUGGAAAGGGCAUAUUCAGCAAAGGUUUGGCUGGGCACAGUAAUUAGACUCCCCAAAAACCCAAGACUGUAUGUGCCUAACACAGUACUGAGAGUUGUGUCUCGGGGAAUUAGCCCUCAGGGGCUUCAAGCCAGAAGUCCAAUCCGGUUGUGCAAGGCUCUUGUGGUGGAAGGGCAGGCGUCUGCCGGGUUUCUCAUGGACGAUUAGCAUAUAAGCAAACGUCGAAAGUAAAUUAAUUAAUCUGAAGCUGUUGAUGAAUAUAAAAAAGCUAUUAGUUUAAAUUUAAAAUCAUUAGGAAGAGAUCAUCCAAAUACUUCUGCUUAUAUUGAUUUAUUAGGAAAUGCGUGCCAGAGGAUAGGGAACAUUGAAGAAGCAAUAAUAGAGCAUAAAGCUGCUCUUGAUAUAAACAGAGCUGUUUUUGAAGAAAAUAGCUUUAGAGUAGGUCAGUCUUAUAGUAAUCUUGCCUUUGAUUACCAAAAUUUACGUAAUUGGGAUCAAGCAAUUGAAUUUCACAAUAAAUCGAUUAAUGUUUACAAGGAAUGCUACGAUAACAGCCGCGAUAUUGUAGAUUGCUACGCUGGUGAAUUAAUUCGGCUUGGGGAAACAUAUGAAAUGAAAGGAGAUACAAACAAUGCAUUAAUAAAUUAUGGAAAGGGAAGUAAAAUUUAUGUUGAUUUUUAUGGAGAAAAUCAUGAAUAUGCAACAAAAAUUCAGAUGAAAAUAGAUAGAGUGCAAAAUUUGAAAAUAUAG